UCGGACCCCGGUGCGAGUAGUACGGGCGAAACAAAGUACAGACGCGGAUCCUUGAACGGAACAGUUGUCGAUAUCGUCCUUAGCUGGGCUUCCUAUCAGCGAGCACAACGAGACGGAAGAGAGACGGAAGAGGGUUACAACCAAAGGGUAUUUCUAUUUCAUGGUUACAGACGCCCUUAUCCGUACGGACAGUUACAAGCGCAGACACUUGCAAACGCUGACGACGCCGUGGCCCGCAACGAACAUCACCGACAUCAUUGUCACGAAAUGGAGGGCCAUGCUCAUUCUUUGAGACUACCGGUGCCAACUCCAAGGCGCCCCAUGCACCAGAGGACAGCCUCAAGCUCGUCAGAAGCCUCGCAGGGGUCCCACACCUCACACCAGUCGCACGGUUCAGAGGACCAGUUCGUCCUGUCUCCAGCUCAGACACCUGCAAACGAGAACGCUCCGGCUCGGGUCAUGAUCCCGCGGUUUGCAACAGAUCCCGCAGCAACGAGGAACGGCCUCCUUCUGGGUAAAGUCGAAGUUAAUUCCCGCGUUCAAGCCUCGGGGAAUUACCCAACAUCACCAACCCGUUUGAGAGUUGGUCCGAGCAAGAACAUUAAACCGGUUGUCAUUGAACUGCCUGAAGGGCCGAGGGCUGACGACGCUACCUCUCCUGCGUCCGCCGCAUCUGUUCACAUCCCUCCACCUCCCCUAUCAGCGAGAGGCGAUGUCCCUGGAGGGUACUUUCCGCUGCACGAAGACCCCGACUCCCGAGUCCAUAUCCCCCACCCAUUCCAUCUCGAAGCCGACAUGGCUCACCGAAGCUCUGUGCGACGGACCGCCGAGUCUAGCAAGUCUGGCGCAGAGCCCCGCUCGUCCUCACCUCCGCGUGCUUCCCGCCCGGCGCGUGCUCCCCCGAGCAAGCAAACAAAUGCAGCAGCAUCCCUCGACGCCCGGAUCUCUUCGUACAUGCCCAGCGGCCUCUAUGACGACGUCGCCCUGCCCAUGGGGAAGUACUAUCCUUCCAACUGGGAAACCCGGCAUGGAAAGCCAUCGCAGGCUCGGCCGUCGGCCAUGGCGCAGCCCGCCCCGUCCAGCAUGAGGUCCGAGCCGCAGGUCCCCAAGUUCCAGGGCGACCAAUUGGGCCCCCAGCGGUCUGUGACCGACGUAAAGAGACGGCUGCUGCAGUACCAACGGGAUAUGGUAGCGCAGGCUGCCAACGCGCUCAUCGCCAGCACCGGCUCCGCGGGUUCGUCGUACCCGAGCGGAGUGCCGCCGCCAAAGGGCCAGCUUGCCGCCAUGUUCCUCAGAACACACAAACCGCCCUCGCCGCGGUUGGAGCCUGUUGGGAGCCCCGGGCCGGUCACGCCCAUGUCCCUUGAGGCGGACUCUUACCUGAGUCUCGGCCCGUCGUCGAUGGGCGGUGGCAUGAAUACCGGAUUCCCGGGCUUGGAGAUAAGGGACGGGAAAAGGGUGGGCCGCAAGGGGAAGCACCGCCGGAAGGACUCUCGGUCGUCGCCUCUUGAGCUGACCACCGCAUCUAUUUGAGCGUGGUCGAGGCGUGAAUGACAAGGCCGGCCGGUUAGUUUAUUUCCGUCCAUUUGAAUUAUGAUACCCACAAAUAGACGGCGAGGGGAUGAUGUUAUCACAGUACACAUGGCUGGGGCGCGGGCGUUAUCUAGUUGGUAGACACGGUUGCAGUUGUACAAUAUCUAAGUUGCCCCCUUCUCAGCUUAUUCUAGGUUGCACCUCUCACAGUACACCAACGUUCUACUCGGCAUAGCAACAGAAACCGCAAUGAGUAAAAUACACAAAACACACUGUCAAACAUAAGAUGCAGGGCCCCUGGUGAGUAUUACCAUGGAUUGUAAUACCCAACGGAUGAAGAAACCGCCGCUGUCAUUAUUCAU